CUGAUCAUGAGAUGAAAUGCAUCUUUAAACGUGAAGGAAGAGAGCGAACUAUCUAUGAACCUUUAGAAGUCUCCUUAAGUUUCACCGGCUUACUUAUCGCGGAGGCAAGAGAAAACCGCAUCAGUUAGCAAGAGAGACCUAACACGAGAGGUUCGAGAAUAAGCCUAAGCGAUUACUUGCUCGAUUCUAUAUCGUCAAGCCUCAACAAACUUUAUUCUCGAAAAAAAUAGUAUUUUUUUCUCCGAAAUAAAUAAAUAAUUUCUACACUCAACGAAAAAAGCAAAUUUACCAAAGAAGAGGAUUUUUUCACACCGGAAUAUUAAUAAAAAAAUUAAAUUUAAUACUACGCGAAAUAGUGUGUGUUACAGUGAAAAAAACGAUCGAGAAAACUAUUUUUGGAGGUAUUCGAAAAAAUAUCAAAAUAUUGAAAAGAAAAAAAACCCACCGUUUUAUAAAAAGUUGGAAAAAUUUCGAUUUUAUUUGUUUUGAAAAAAAAAAAAGAUUAAUUGGAACUAGAAAGUAGUUCGUCGAUUUUCUGGUAAAGAAAAACUGUGAUGGUGUUUUAUGGUUCAUUGCUGUAUGAAUUUCAAAGAAAUCUACCCCCUGUGCAAUCGAAAAAACGUAAUUUUUGUGAUUUUGUGCCUGGCAGCUUUGUACGUUCAUUUUUAUCUGCAACCACCGAAACCGACAAUUAGUAAACGAUUAUAUUUUUGAAAAUCGUUUUCUACAAUUUUUAAAGAUUUCCUCUACAUGUUGUGAAUCAAAGGAAUAUUUUUUUUUUAUCAAGGCAAUUAAUUAAUCGAGAGAAAGAAGCAAUUGAUUGGAGGAACUAUGGUUCUCUGAUCUUAGGCUCUCAGCAAGAAUGAGGAAAGUGACUUGUGCUAUCUUAUUUCUAAUUUUAUUUGAAACAUGUGCCAUCGUCAAUUUUUCCUGGGCUACAAAACCGGCGAAGAAACGAAAUGUCGACGACAAAGAUUAUCAGAAUCAACAACCAAUGGUAGUUGAAUUGCUCGAGGAAGAAUAUGCGGAUGAGUACACAAACAAGGAAUCAGACAUUUCCGGUCAACCAAUCGGCAGAUGGAGAAGUACCGGAAAAGCCCUGGAACCAAAAUGGCGAGACGGCGAUUCAAUUCCCCUUGUACCAUUUCGUUCGGUCACUAUAUCGAGUAAACCGACAAUAAAAAAGAAACAAAAUUCCCACGACAUUGAUAAUACGAAUAAAUACACGUCUGGUCAACAUUGGCAAUCGCAGAGACAAGAAAAGGGUGCAAUUAUAACCAACGAAUAUAAUUACAAUACAAGCGAAAAGCCCAACAGUGAAAAUAAUUAUCCAAAUUUCCGUAGUCGAGAAACUCGACUUUCACGAAGAAGAAAACCGCCACAAUUCGAGGACGUGGAAAAUCAUCAAACAACGAUAAGAAUUUUUAACGAAACAAAAGAUUUACACGAGAGUAAUAAGGAGAAAAAGGAAAAUAAACCAAUUACAAGAACACCAAAACUUCCCCACAAUACAAACGAUUAUCUUGAAGGUGUUGCAUUACGCUAUCGAGAAACAUUUCAAAAUUAUCCAAGCGAAUAUGAAUUAAAUGACGAAUAUCAGAGACCCCGAUCUCGAAAGAGGAGACCACCGCAAAAUGAUGAUUUUAUCGAAUACAAAUCCUCGCCGUUAUCAACGUCCACUGAAAAAAGUACAACCUACUCGACCACGCGAUCACAGAGAAAACAAGAAAAUACCCGACGUAAUAAUCUCAUUAGAACAAAUCACAAUAGGACUAUUAAAGCAUCAUCACAUGACAAGUCAUCCGAGAAUUCCGAAUUGAAAUCACUGUUAAAAAUGCAACAAGUCGAGGGUUUGAGUCUCUCGGAAAUUCUUCAGAGGAGAAAUUUAACUUUAUCUGAUCUUUUGCAAGGCAGGGCAGACGUUAUUAAUUUACUAAAAUCAAAGCAUAUCGAGGAGAAUUCAGAGGAGGAAUUAAAUGCAAAAACAAAUUCAGUUGAGAUGAUGAAAAUAUCAGCUUCCUCCACUAUCACCAAUUCCGCCACUAGCGAAAAAGCACCAACAAUUUCUCAUAAACCAAUAAUUCCGUUUAGAAAUUUCGUCAAGAAAGAGCAAUUUUCCUCGUUUCGUGCCCCCAGUACGCACGCAUUUCGUAAAAUUCUCCCCACUCAGGAAGUGAGACCAACAAUUCGUCCAACCGAAUCAAUGAAUGUGAAGAUGAAAAUUUCCACCGAAAUCCCCUUGAUUGACACUACAACAAUAAAAAUUCGUUUGAACGAGACCGAAAGGACGAAAAUCAUCUACGACGAGGAUGAAAUAAUGGAAUUUUCCGAUUUCACAAUAAAAGAUACAAACUCAAAGCGGGAAAACAUUUCCGAAACGAAAGAAUUUGAUAAAAUUAAUAUCGAUUCAGAAACAACUUUGAGUAUCGAACAUUUAUUGAGUCCCACAAUUCAGCCCGAAAUGAACGAAUUCGAAGAGGAGAGGGACAAAUUUCUACAGCAGUCAAGAGAGAGAAUACAAUUAGAAAACAAAAUUCCACACUCCGAGCAGGAUGAGAUCAGUGACAGCAAGGAGAUCGAAUCAUUUGAAGUCGAGUAUCAAAACGAUGGAGGACACAAUUCAGGGAUUCGAAAAAUGUUCACAAAUAGCGACUCAAGUAAUUCCUUCGAAGAAAGUGACUCAUCUCUAGAGAAGAGUUCAUCUCAAGAGAAGAAUUCAACUCAGGAAAAGAAUUCACCCCAGAAGGAGAAUUCGUCACAGAAGGAGACUUUCGAUCAAGCGGAAAAAAAUAUCGACGAUUCGUUAAAGAAUCACAGGAGCGAGGAAAUCUAUUUCGAAAUGGAACCAGACGCGAGGGCAGAGAUUCUCGAAUUAUUCAAUUCAGGCAACUCGGCAUCAAAAUUAGAGAGUCUUCUAAAAGCCAGAAACAUGAGUCUAGACGAUUUGAUCGCGCUCAGACAAAGAGGAUCGAGCCAUCUUCAUCUCGCCCAAGCUUCGUUAAAUCGGGAAAAUCCCAAAGUACUGAGAGACGAUCGAGAGAUUAUGGACAUUCCGAUGGAAAUAAAAAUUCUCAAACCCGACUGUCCGCCGAAGGUGAAAGAAUUCAUCGAGUGGAUGAAGGAGAAGGAAAUGAAGAAAGAACCGCAGAGAGAAAUUCUCCACAUUAAGGAAUUCGAAACCCUACCACCGGUUUGGUCCGGUUUUGGAAAUUUUAAUCAACCGGAAAAAGAAAUUUCGGAAAAUACAGAAACCGACAAAGAAAACACCGAAAUUGGUGUCAAUUUAGAAGCAAACGAUUUUAUGAAUAUUCUAUCGCACUUCAAAUCAUCGGAACCAUACAAUGACGAUGAGAAAUUGUCAUCAACAAAAGAAGAAAUACCAUCGUCGAAUUUUUCCGAGCGGAAGAAUAAUAACACAGUGAUACCAAUCGAAGAUGGUCAUGUUCGUGAAAUUGUGAGUGAUAUUUCAAAUACAUUUAAUAACAUCUUUAAAUUGAAUACUGAAGAAGGAGGGAGUAGCGAGGAGAGACAUUCGAUAUCGCGUGUAAGGACCAGUAUUAUCGUCAGUGGCGCAAUACUUGGAGUGACAAUUAUUGUUUUUCUUGGCAUUUUCAUUGUUUGCCGUGUGAGGCAAAAGAAAAAGUAUACGUACAACAAUACAUUUUCAAGAGCCGUCUUUCAAAGUCCAGUAUUGGCGGGGAGAAAAUUAUCCAAUACCAGUAGUUUAAAUACAAUUAUGGUAAAUGUUGUUGCCACAUCGACAACAAAAAGGCCGGAAAAAGGAGGUUAUCCUGAAACUGAUGAUGAUUUUGAUAUUAAAAGUGAAAUAGAACACGAUUCACUUGACGCGAAUGACAGCUGGGAAACGAUACCUGAUUUUAUGAAAUAGAUUUCUAAAAGAAAGAAGAAAAUUAUCAGACGUUAUGUAUAAAAAAAAACCAUAAUUAAAUGAAUUUAAAAGAGAGUUUCAAAAACAUGACAUAUAAUUUAAAAAAAUGUUAAUUAAUCUUGAGAGUUAAGUAAAACGUUUACUUUUACUUAAAUUUCUUCUAGUAAAUUAAUAUUCAUUUUUGCGACAGUAAUACAUUUUUUUCAAGUGGAUUUUUGAAUUGUUUUUUUAUGUCUUAAUUUAAAAAAAAUUCCCUCAGGAAAUAUAUUAAUCCCCAGUCGAUUUUCUUAAAAGUUUCCGAAAAAGAAAAGAAAAUCUAAUGGGACCCAAAACUGUAUUUCCUGCGGAGUCCUUUUUGUCUUAUAAUUUUUAAUUAAGUCUGAUAUUUAUAAUUAUAGGACUAUUCUAACAUUGACAAUCAGAUGUCUUAUAAUUAUAAUUAUGAGAUAAUAAUUUCAAUUUUAAUGUUAAUUUUGGGGUGAAAAAAAAAUUAAUCACUUUUGUAUCCAAAGAGAAUUAUUUGUUGUUUUUAGCAACACGGUGAAAUUGAAUGAAAAUGAAUAAUUUCUUUCCUGUUGUAUUAUUUAUGAAGAGGUGUUCAUUUUCUGUUAAUUGUAUCAAUUGAUAUUUGAAAGAUAAAAGAGGAAAACAAAAGUUGUGCAUGCAUUUAUUUGGAAUUCGAAACAUUGUGUAUGAUUAGAAUUUAUGUAUAGAAAAUAAUGUUUCUGACUUUGGUGGAAAAAAAAAUUUGAAAAGAAAAUUACUUUUCAAUUCAGAAAAAUUUCUUUUGGUUGAAGGAAGAAUAUUUACUGUAAGGAAAAAUACUAUUUUCGAAACAUUCACAAUUGGGAAAAGAAAAGAAUAUUUACGAUUGUGAAGAAAAUAAUAAUUAUGCUUAGGGAUCUUAUGUUUUAGACUUAAGAAGUCCAUUUUCUAAGAGACUGUAUUUAUUUUAAUGUAAUGGAAUAUUUUUUUUGUAUAAAAGAUACUAUUAAAGUCUUAAAAGCA